AGAUCCCUCAGACUCCGGCCGUCGGUCGCGGGCGCGGGGCCCGCGGCCGCAGCGUCACCCCCGGGACUGGCCGUUGCAGCGAAACGGCCGCGUUCCGGUUCCGGUGUGUUGACCAGGAGACGCGGGUACACAGAGAGGCAGGCGACCGACGCCGCGGACCAGGCGGUGGCGGGCGCAGAGCCGCGGGCGCCAUGAGUCAGAAGCAUGUGCUGCAAGUGUUCGAGCAGUACCAGAAAGCCCGGACCCAGUUCGUGCAGACGGUGGCAGAGCUGGCGACCCGGCCCAAAAACAUCGAGACCCUGCAGAAUGCCGGUGUAAUGUCUUUGCUGAGGCCUCUUCUUCUGGAUGUGGUCCCAACAAUUCAACAGACUGCUGUUUUGGCUCUUGGGAGACUGGCUAAUUAUAAUGACGACCUAGCAGAAGCAGUUGUGAAGGGUGACAUCCUUCCACAGCUUGUUUAUUCACUGGCAGAACAGAAUCGUUUCUACAAGAAAGCAGCUGCCUUUGUGUUACGAGCAGUUGGUAAACAUUCUCCUCAACUAGCACAGGCAAUAGUUGAUUGUGGAGCGCUGGAUACGCUGGUGAUAUGCCUGGAAGACUUUGACCCUGGAGUUAAGGAGGCUGUGGCCUGGGCCCUCGGAAAUAUUGCAAGACAUAAUGCCGAACUGUCACAAGCUGUGGUGGAUGCAGGAGCAGUUCCUCUUCUAAUACUCUGUAUCCAGGAGCCAGAAAUUGCUUUGAAAAGGAUUGCUGCUUCGGUCCUCAGUGAUAUUUCAGAGCAUUCUCCAGAGUUAGCACAGACAGUAGUGGAUGCAGGAGCAAUUGCUCACUUAGCCCGGAUGAUUCUGAACCCUAAUGCGAAAUUGAAGCGUCAGGUCCUUUCUGCUCUUGGUCAGAUUGCAAAACAUUCUGUGGAUCUGGCAGAAAUGGUGGUCGAAGCAGAGAUUUUUCCAGUUGUACUUACCUGCCUGAAGGACAAAGAUGAAUACGUGAAGAAAAAUGCUUCUACUUUGAUUAGAGAGAUUGCAAAACAUACACCCGAGCUUUCACAGUUAAUAGUUAACACAGGAGGAGUUGCUGCCAUCAUCGACUGCAUUGGGUCUUGCAAAGGAAGCAUAAGGCUGCCUGGCAUCAUGAUGCUUGGCUAUGUGGCAGCUCACUCUGAGAACCUGGCAAUGGCAGUGAUCAUUUCCAAGGGUGUGCCCCAGUUGUCAGUCUGCUUGUCAGAAGAACCAGAAGAUCAUAUUAAGGCUGCCACUGCCUGGGCCUUGGGACAGAUUGGGAGACACACUCCGGAGCAUGCGCGGGCUGUCGCAGUCACAAACACUUUGCCAGUUCUGCUUUCUCUGUACAUGUCAGCAGAAAGCUCUGAGGAUCUUCAAGUAAAAAGCAAAAAAGCCAUCAAGAAUAUCUUACAAAAAUGCACAUAUUUACCAGCCCUAGAGCCAUUUCUGUAUGAUGCUCCUCCCAAUAUCCUGAAGUAUGUGGUUGGACAGUUCAGUAAGGUGCUGCCACAUGAUAGCAAAGCUCGACGACUUUUUGUAACAAGUGGUGGACUUAAAAAGGUUCAAGAGAUAAAAGCAGAACCUGGAUCUCUUCUUCAGGAAUACAUCAACAGUAUUAAUAACUGCUACCCAGAGGAAAUAGUAAGGUAUUAUUCUCCUGGAUAUUCAGAUACACUUUUGCAGAGAGUGGACAGCUAUCAACCAGUUAUUAACUAAGCGAAGUUACAUUUUUCUACUCGAAUUCACAGCAGAGUAGAUAUGAAUAACAGUUGUUUAACCUCCUUCUAAAUAUUUGAAUUAAAUACAUUCUAGAAUUUAUUCAAUGUGAAAUACCUUUAGAUAAUGUUUUCUAAAUUUAUGUAAUACUUUAAAGUUAGUGGCUUGCAUUUAUGAGAAAAUUCUUAUGGUCAUUUAUUAAACAGGAUUUAAUCUAAAGGUAGAUUUUGAAAGGCAUUAAAUCAUUUUAAAGUAUUUGUUAUUGUUCUAUUAAAAACCAUACACACACACACACCCCUCCAAUUAGACACAUGAAAAGGUGGUAUUCAAAAACUCAUAGUUAUUUUGUUCAGUUCUUCAUAGGCAUAGGCAAGCAAAAAUGGCCUUGCAAAUUCCACAGCAGGUUAUAGAAGGGAAAUAGUUGAAAGAGGAAACUUUUUCAUCUCAAGUUUUCUGAGCACUUUUCUUAUCCUACCUAAACUGUUUCUUACCUUUCAUGGAGCCGGAGAGGACAGAAGUCAACAGGAAGCAUUACUUGACUGCUUGACAUGCUUUCCACUUUCAUUGAAAGGUUUCUUAGUCUAGUUCUGCUCAUGCAUAAACAAGGAAGCAGGCAUGCAAAAUGGGUCAGCAGUGUUCUCUUGCCCUAGCUUCACUUU